AGCAAGACCUCCAAGUUAAAGCUCUUCAUCCAUAAUCCAUCCUGUCCUUCAUCGAGGUGCAAUGGCCUCUUCUAGUUCUAUGGUAAUCCACGAAGGGUCUUCCUCUUCUUCCAUCUCUCGGUGGGAUUAUGAUGUCUUUUUGAAUUUUAGGGGUGAAGAUACCCGUAAAAAUUUCACUGAUCACCUGUACGAAGCUUUACAUCGUGUAGCAAUUCGAACUUUCAGAGAUGACGGAAGGCUCAAAAGAGGAGAGGAGAUUGAACCAGCACUACUGAAAUCAAUUGAGCAAUCAAGGAUCGCAAUAAUCGUCUUCUCCAGAAACUACGCCUCUUCAACAUGGUGCUUGAAGGAGCUUGCCAAAAUCAUGGAAUGCCGAGAAAGGAUGGAUCAGAUGGUUUUCCCUAUUUUCUAUGAUGCUAAUCCAUCAGAUGUACGCAAUCAGACCGGGGAUUUUGGAGAAGAAUUUGACAAAGUUAAACAGCGAGCCAACAUGGAGAUGAAGAAGGUUGAAAGUUGGGAGGCAGCCCUCAGAAAAGCUGCGAAUUUGUCUGGUUGGGAUUUUCUUUGUAACAUGAUUGGUAGGCAUGAGGCACUGUGUAUACAAGAAAUUGUUGAAUGGGUUUCGAGGUUUAUGAGUCCAGAAAAGCAGCUGCAUGUUACUAAAUAUCCAGUUGGAUUAAAUUCUCGUACACAGGAUGUGAUUUCAAUGCUAUGUCUCCAAUCAAAGGAUGUACGUAUUGUAGGGAUAUAUGAUGGGAGAAUAGGUAAAACAACUAUUGCCAAGUGUGUCUAUAAUCAAAUAUUUCACAAAUUUGAAGGUGCAUGUUUUCUUGAAUUUGGUAGAGAAGUUGUUGGCAACCAGCUUGUCGACCGACAAAAACAACUUCUUUCUGAUAUUCUAAUGGAGCAAAGAGAGGGACAACAUAUAUACAUUGUUUCUCAAGGAAUCACUAAGAUCGAACGUAGACUUUGUAACAAAAAGGUUCUUGUAGUUCUCGAUGAUAUACAUGAUUCAGAACAGAUAAAGGCAUUGGUUGAAGAGCGUUCUUGGUUUGGUGCAGGAAGUAGAACUAUAAUUACAACCAGAGAUAUGGAUUUGCUAAAUGAGCUAAAUGAUGAUGAGAAAUAUAGGGCUGAAGAAUUGAAUGAGGAACAAUCUGUUGAGCUCUUUAGUUGGCAUGCUUUCAAAGCAAACCAUCCAAUAGAAAAUUAUGUACAACUCACAAAUCAUAUUAUACAUCAUCUUGGAGGCCUUCCUUUAGCUAUUGAAGUUUGGGGUUCUCUGUUAUUCAACAAAAGCAUUCUUCAAUGGAAAGAUGCUCUAAAACAGCUACAGAAAAUUCCUGAUGGCAAAAUCCAGAAUAAACUCCGAAUAAGUUUUGAUGCACUCCAUCCUAUGCAGAAGCAAAUAUUUCUUGACAUUUCGUGCUUCUUUGAUGGAAUGGAUAAGGACUAUGUGACUACAAUACUAGAUGGUUGUGGCUUCUGUCCAGAAUUUGGCAUCAGUUUUCUCACAUCCAGGUGUCUUUUAAGAGUGGGUGGAAGGAAUGAGUUAACAAUGCACAGUUUACUUCGAGACAUGGGAAGAGAAAUUGUUCGUGAAGAAUCUCCUAAUGUUGGAAAGCGAAGUAGAUUGUGGUUUCCUAAUGAUGCCCUUGAUGUAUUGACCAAAAAGAAGGGAACCAACAAAAUCGAAGGGCUUAACCUUGAUUUAAGUGAUUCAUCAUAUCUAUAUGGGCCCCCAAAAUCAAAUGAAUUUUUGCGAGUAAGUACUAAAGCAUUUAAGAGGAUGUCCGAUCUUAGACUACUCAAGCUUGCCUGUGUAAACCUCAAUGGAAGCUACAAGUAUCUGCCGAAAAAGCUAAGAUGGCUUUAUUGGUUUGGUUUCACUUUGGAAUCUAUACCAUUGGAUUUUCAUUUGUCGCACCUUGUUGCUCUUGAUAUGAAGUGGAGCCAUCUCAAACGAGUUUGGGAAGAAGGAACGCAAACACUGAAAGUGUUGAAAAUCCUUGAUAUUAGUAAUUCCAAGUCUCUAAUAAAAACUCCUGACUUCUCAAAGCUCCCUAAUAUUAAGAGAUUGAUUCUUCAUGGUUGUUCAAGUUUGGUUGACCUUCAUGAAUCCAUUGGAUGUCUCAAGGAACUUGUUCAUUUGGAUCUUAGUGCUUGUUUUGAACUUGGGUAUCUUCCAAGCAGCAUUAGAAAACUGAAGUCUCUUGUAUUUUUGAGUCUCUCUCGUUGCUCUAAACUCAGUAAGUUACCAGAGGAAUUAGGGAACAUGAAGUGUCCGAAGCAACUUUUUGCACGUUCUGCCAUAAAGCAACUACCAUCUUCAAUUGGACUAUUGAAGUCCCUGGAAGAGCUUAAUCUUGAAGGUUGUUCAGAACUUGAAAACAUACCAGAGGAAUUGGGGGAUAUGAAAUCUUUGAUCCAUCUUAAUGUAAGCAGAACUGUUAUAAAACAACUACCAUCUUCAAUUGGGCGGUUGAAGGCUCUUGAAUUUCUUGCUCUUGAUGACUGUGCAAGACUUGAAAAUUUACCAGAAGAGUUGGGGGACAUGGAGUCUUUAAUGAUGCUAUAUACAGUAAAUUGUGGUAUAAAACGACUUCCGUCUUCAAUCGGAUGCUUGAAGAAGAUGAGAGUAUUGCAUUUAGGUGGGAACUUGUUCCCAAGCAUACCAGACAGCAUCGGUAGGUUUUCUGAGCUUUGGCAACUUGAUGUAACAAAUUGCAAGAGUCUUGAAUCACUUCCAGAACUUACAGCAAGUUUAUGGCAUUUGGAGUCAGGAGGAUGUGAUUCAUUGGUAAUGUUAGGAAAUCUUGGGUGCUUAACCAACUUGAGAGAAAAGCUGGAUCUAAGUUGUGGAAAAUUUUGUAGACUACCAGAUACCUUGAGUCACUUUUCACAUCUAAGGACCCUUGUGGUGAGAAAUUGCAAGAACCUUUGCACAAUCCCAAAUCUUCCUUCGCAUCUAGAGACACUGCGGGCAGAUGGUUGCACAUCCAUGGAAAAACUACAAAAUCUCUCAAGGGCACCCAAGCUAAGUAAUUUGAAUCUUCGUAAUUGUGAGAAGUUGAUUGAAAUUCAGGGCCUGGAAAAUCUACGGUUAUGGAAGAUAGACUUGUUGGGCUGCUAUAAAUUAGAACAUAGUUGGAAGAGCAUUCUCCAAAAUAGAUUCCUUGAGGCAAUGUUGAGGGGUGAAGACAUAAGCACAUUUCUUCCAGGUAGCAACAAGGUUCCAAAGUGGUUCAGUUAUCAUAGUAGUAGCAGUAGUAGAGGACCUUCGAUAGUGGUUAGAAUGGCAGAGCAUAUGGUGGUACAGGGUUUGAUCGUUUGUGCUAUUUAUCCGGAAUCAACACGCGUGCAACAUGUUUCUGCCAUUGACGGGCAGUUCUAUGUUGGCUGGAUGCCAUCAAACAGAGGAGGCGAAGAGAUGUUCUUAGCCUAUUGUACGUUUGGUGGUCGGCUCAGGAGGCAUUUGGAAGCCAGUGAUGAAGUUACAGUUUCCGUAGAACUAUUGAGCCUCCAAGCAGUCGUGAAGGAGUUUGGGAUCCAUUUCAUAUGCCGGUCAAACGAAGGCAGAGAAAUGGGAUUAGAAAUUUUUCAUGAAUUGUUCCAUGGAUUACAUUAGUUCCAUGGACAUAGGCGAAUGACUCUGAAUGAGACAACAAUGCCCACGAGUUGUCCUUCUAACGAUGAAACACAACCUAAAUUGAGGACCAUGGAGCUUCUUCCAACACCUGCACCGUAUCUCUAUCAAGCUGGUCAACAACCAUCAGGCCCAAAUGAAGCUUCUCUAUUAUUGGAGUUGCCAGUGGUUGGUGUCAUUGAUGGAGGUGGAUCAAUAGUAACAGGUGUAGGCACCAAGAGACUUUACAGUGAAGUUGAGGAGGAGCCUAGUAGUAGCCCAUCGUCUAAUGAGCAAAGAGACCGUAAGAGAUCAUACAAGGCUGAGCCUUUUCCGUUCGUUUGAUCAAAAUCUAUCUGAUAAAACUACACAAAUUUGAUAAAGUUUGUGAUCAUAUGCGAUAUGGUGGUUAUUGGUUGCCUCGGUAUUCCAACAGGUGGUCUUUCUUCAGAGAAAACAUAACGCUGCCUUAGAUUAUUGCAUCAGAUAUUUCUGUUUCUUAUUUGACAUUACUCUUUAUCUUCAUGGUACCAUCAUUGCAGUUGCCCUACUCAAAUUCUGAUGUGUUUCUGCAACUACUAUGCCCAAUUUGCAGUACAUCCAUGCUGAUUAGAGUACUUGAUUCUAACUUAA